CCUCACCAGCCAGCAGCACACACAGGGAGGUUGUCCACAAGUGUCUGUAGGUCCAGCCUCCUGUGAAGCAUGAGUUCUCAUCAGCAGAAGCAGCCCUGCACCCCUCCCCCUCAGCUUCAGCAGCAGCAGGUGAAACAGCCCUGCCAGCCUCCACCCCAGGAACCAUGUGUCCCCAGAACCAAGGAGCCAUGCCACACCAAGGUGCCAGAGCCCUGCCACCCCAAGGUGCCAGAGCCCUGCCAUCCCAAGGUGCCAGAGCCUUGCCACCCCAAGGUGCCAGAGCCCUGCCAACCCAAGGUUCCAGAGCCCUGCCAACCCAAGGUUCCAGAGCCCUGUCCUUCAACAGUCACUCCAGCACCAGCUCAGCAGAAGACCAAGCAGAAGUGAUGGGAUCUACAGCCAAGCAAACCCUUGGGGAGCCGACCACAGGAUGCUGAAUCCCCUCUCCCAUUCUGCUUCUAUGCCUUCCUCACAAUUAGCAUGCUGCCCC